AACGACAAAGAUGCCCUAGGCUUAUUAAUCAAAUACAUGGAUGCAAUAAAAUCGGCCCAACAUAUACGAUUCUGGUUGGAUUCCAGGCAUCAACAUGGAGUAGGCUACGGACUCAUUCGUUAAAUUCUGCAAAGAAGAGUUUGUCCGCAGGCAAAUCUGUGGACGAGAUUAAGGUAGUGUCACCAACUGUAGCAGGGGAGAUAACUUCUGAUGAACAGGUCUGUAGUGAUAUUUGUACAACUAGUGAAAACAUUAAUUUCCACCAAGAUAAUGUGUCGCAACUCUCUAGUAGAUGUUCUAGUCAAAUAGGGGUGAACGAUGAAUGCAGAAAUCGUCGUUUAUCAUCAGGCUUGGAGUCUGUAAAUACAGAGUCUAGUCACAAAAGACAUGGGUCAGACAGUGAGUUGUCUUGUCCCCAACAAAUAGAAACAGAAGGACAGGUGUCUAGUCCCCAUUUAACGCAAAAAGAUGGACAAGUGCCUCAAUCCGAACUGUCAACUGGACACGACAAUUUACCCAGGCUUGGUGCUGUGAUAGGUGAUAGCGAGGGGGCGGAAAGGGGGGAAACAUAUUCCCCGGGGAAGGGGCAGACAGAACCCCCGUGUGAGGCAGAGGAAAUGGACAAACAGGAUAGCUCUACUGUGAUAUCUAGGUCAAGUUCACAAGAAGACGGUGAAAGAAAGAUGAAACGAGGCGUAUCUGUAGAAGAUAUUGCAGAAAAAUUAAAAAGGAGUAUUGAGAGAGAUGCAGUUAAGAUUUUUCAAAAAUAUUUGUCCCAUGAUGCCACAGAUCCUAUUGGUGCUCCAGACAGGCUACGCAAUGAAACCAUACACAAGAUUUGCAGGGAAGACGGCCAAGUUGAUCCACAGUGUUUUUCAUCCUGUCAGGAUUUUGUUUUCAAGAAAAUGGAGAAAGAGUUUUACCAGGACUUCGUAGUGAGCGAAUACUACUACAUGCAUCAGAUCAACCUUCUGACCAGUACACAAGUCCACCUAGCUGACGUGUUGUACAAUGAAGGGGCACUCUUCUACUUUAUGGAGUACCUUGAACAGGAAGGGGGAAGCCAUUUUCUCCAAUUUCUUUUAGCCACAGACAACUUUCAGCAGCAUCUCAUGUCUUGUGGUGGUCAGUAUGAUGGGAUGGAGGCUCAACGGGAUGCAAUGGUGCUAUACGACAAAUAUUUUUCUUUGCAAGCUACAGAUCCACUUGGUUUUGAUGAUAAAAAAAGGUUUGAGAUAGAAGAAAAUAUAUGUCGGGAAGAAGGUCCACUUCCGGAGUGUUUUGCCAAACCACGAGAUAUCGUCCUUAAAACUAUAGAGAAGGCAUACUUUAAGGCUUACUUACAGAGUGAUGUAUAUUACAAGUAUCUAUCUGAGCUGGUUAGCACAGUGGAAACAGCCAACUACCCACCUCGACAACGUAAACGCACCGCUAGUGAUGCCUCCUCAGAACACAGCAGUCACAGUGCUGGAAGUGAAAGUCGAUCGUCCAAAAACACCUACCUGGCCACAGACACGAGUCAUCUACGUCACAGCAUGAACAAGCUCGACACUGCCAUGAACCUUGAUCCUGGGCUCCUGAACCCUGACCUUUUAUGGAAAAGACACAGUCCAAAAAUGAGCUUGGGAAAGGUGGACACCCUUGGGGAGUUCGUGUCAGAGUUUGACCCCAACCCAGACCAAGAGAAAGUCAAAGCAUCUGGACUCUUUAAGAGAAAGAAAGCAAAAGAAAAGGAACAAGAAGAUAUGGCAUUAAAGAUAGCCCAGAUGAUUAUAAAUGAUGUGACCUCAGUCACACAGACAAUUGGUGCGCUAAAAAACCCACAGCAAGAUCGGGAUGACGGAAGCUAGCGAUGUGUCGUGACUGCACGCCAAUGUAUGCGGGAGACCUAUUCUGUGUUUUAAAAAGCUUGUAAUCUGUGGUUAAUUGAUCUUCAAUCAUACAACAGUGGCAGAAACUGGUGUAGACUUUAAACAAAAAUUUGAAUUGGUCAAUCUUUAAAGUUUAAAAUAUGUAAAUGUAUUUCAUACCUGUGUGAUGUUUUCUGGCCCGGUUUUCUGGAACUCUGCAUUGCUCGAACAUGUUCGAUUACUUGGUAACACACAUACAGUAUGUAUCACAACAUAUCAUAAUACAUGAAUGGGACUCAUUGGUUUUAUUAACUAAUGCGGAUAGUUCUCUUUAUGAGCAGAUGUAUACGUACACUUGUCUACAAAGCACACUCGUGGUGUAUCCAUUUGCACCACAUACUUGCAUUACUUGCAUUAUUGGAUACAAAGUUAUGUUCCAGUAUUUAGAUCUUAAACCUUUCACUCUUAGGUAACUAUAUAUAGUAGACUCUACCAUGCAUUUAUGGGGAUGAGUCCAUUAUGGUCUACAGUGGUGAAAGGGUUAACAAUCACAUUCAUGUUAUGCAGUACCAAUAUAUAAAGGAUCUCAAAGAUGUUCAAAAUUCAGCAAACACGAGUCAAAGUCUUGAUGUUUCAAAGUUUUCCUGAUUGUCCCACAAUUAGUUCAAAAUAUUUUAAGUUUGACUGUUUCGCCGACACUGUAAGAGAUAUAACAACAACCUAACCCUCGAUGAAAGUCAAUAUUUAUACAAAGUGGGUGAUUUACAGCAUAUAUGUGGUAUAUGUAGGUUCUAACUUGUGACAGAUAUUUCAUGUCGUAUGUUG